UAUCCGGAAGUUCUAUGAUCAUUAGGGGAAAAGACUUGUUCACUCGAUAAAAGCGAACAAAUAAGACAGAAUAAGCUGUCUUUAUGGAGUCUUACGAUGUAAUUGCAAACCAGCCCGUUGUCAUAGACAAUGGGUCUGGAGUGAUCAAAGCUGGAUUUGCUGGAGAUCAAGUUCCAAAAUACAUAUUUCCUAACUGCAUUGGCCGCCCUAAGCAUGUCCGGGUCAUGGCAGGUGCCCUGGAGGGCGACCUCUUCCUGGGACCUGAGGCUGAGGAACAUCGGGGUCUGCUGUCCAUCCGAUACUCAAUGGAGCACGGAAUUGUGAAAGAUUGGAAUGACAUGGAACGGAUCUGGCAGUACAUAUACUCCAAAGACCAACUACAGACUUUCUCCGAGGAGCACCCUGUGUUACUGACAGAAGCUCCUCUCAACCCCCGAAGGAACAGGGAGAAGGCUGCUGAAAUAUUUUUCGAGACUUUCAAUGUUCCAGCCCUCUUCAUAUCCUUGCAGGCUGUCCUUAGUUUAUAUGCCACUGGUAGAACAACAGGAGUGGUGCUAGAUGCUGGUGAUGGUGUCACCCAUGCUGUACCCAUCUACGAGGGCUUUGCUAUGCCACACAGUAUCAUGCGUGUUGAUAUCGCUGGGCGAGAUGUCACACGCUACCUUCAGCUUCUCCUGAGGAAGGAAGGUUUUGAUUUCCACACCACUGCCGAGUUCGAGGCUGUCAGAACCAUCAAAGAAAAAGCAUGCUACUUGUCCAUCAAUCCCCUGAAGGAGGAGAGCAUGGAGACGGAAAAAGUACAGUACGCACUGCCCGACGGUAACGUCAUUGAGGUUGGACCAGCUCGAUUCCGAGCUCCAGAGCUGUUGUUCCGACCUGACCUGGUUGGUGAGGAAUGUGAGGGUAUUCACGAGGUGCUAGCAUACUCCAUACAGAAGUCAGACAUGGAUCUCAGGAGAACACUAUUUUCUAACAUUGUCUUGUCCGGUGGAUCAACAUUAUUUAAAGGUUUUGGAGAUCGACUACUUAGUGAAGUGAAGAAAUUAGCACCUAAGGAUAUCAAGAUUAGGAUAUCUGCUCCCCAAGAAAGGUUAUAUUCUACAUGGAUUGGGGGUUCUAUCCUUGCUUCCCUGGAUACAUUCAAGAAGAUGUGGGUGUCGAAACGCGAGUAUAACGAGGAAGGCGUCAAGGCGAUACAUCGGAAAACAUUCUAGACCUGGAGGCAUUUUAACACAUAAUUCUACAUCCUCAUAUGUGCAUUUCUUGUAAAUGUCCAUGUAAUAUAUUAUUUAUCUGUUGACUUUAGCCGCAGGGGUAGGAAACAAAGGACUGUGUCAGCCAUAUCUGAAACGGCUGUUGCCUUAUGUACCCGAACAAGUGGUGUAAGAUCACUGCUUUGUGAUAGGCCUGCACUGGAUAUGUUAAUGUUUUCUUAUGUAUAUCAGUUCAAGAGAGGCCUCCUUCUGUAGGCUCAUACAGCUAGGACUUAAUCAUCUUGAUUAAAAUUGCUUAGUCGUCA